UUUCCUUUCUCCCUCAUGACUCCUUUCUUUUUCAGCAAGUUCCUUCUGUUCCAAACUUGGUAGCUGCUUUCAACAGCACUGUUUCAACACAGCGUUUCGUGUUUUCUUUCAACUGAGAAAUCCAUGUUAAAUUUCAAAGAUGUGGAAAAGUUAGGAGCAGGGGUUGGGUAACCUCAGGAGGAAGAGAAAGUGGAAUGAGGUACUAAACAGCCUCCUUGACCUCCAGUGCAGCAGACAAGAAAGGCUAUCACCUAUACUGAUGUAGACAAUAAAAUGGGAGUCUAGGGCUCCUGUCUGAAACAGGAUUAACCAAGCCAUGGAUCUGGACCACCAGAGAAAGUUUAAUCUCUGUGAGAUUAACAUGAGUGAGCAGGAGAAUGUGAUGCAUUUGGUGAUCUAUAUCCCCACCUUCAUCCUGGGACUGCUUUUCAACCUUCUGGCACUCCUGAUAUUUUGCUGUAAGAUCAAGAGGUGGACUGAAACGACCAUUUACAUGAGUAACCUUGCCCUGGCUGACAUCCUGCUGCUGUUCUCUCUUCCUUUUAAGAUGCUUGACCGGGAUAAGGGCUGGCCUUUUGAUGUGUCCUUCUGCUCCUUUGUGGAGUCACUCUACUUUGUUAACAUGUACGCCAGCAUCUUCAUCAUCACCUCCAUUAGCAUCGAUCGCUACUUUGCCAUCAUCCACCCUUUGAAGGCGAGGGCUUUUCGGUGCCCGCGGAACACCGUGAUCAUUUGCCUUGUCAUUUGGGCCUUCGUGUGGUUGGGGAGCAUCCCUGUCUAUGGAUUCCACGACAGCCCAAACUCUGCUAACUCCACUAUCACCUGCUUCCAUAAAUUCUCCGAUAAAUCUUGGAACCCGGGUCUGAUCGCCUUUGUAGAGCUGCUGGGCUUUGUGACCCCGAUGGCUACCAUGGUGUUUUGUUCAGUUCGAAUCAUCAAGAAACUGCUAGAGAGGCAAAGCGAUGUUCCUGGAAACUGCCAGGCCUGCAUCACAAUUAUCAUUGCCAACCUGGCGGUCUUCAUUUGCUCAUUUGUGCCUGUCCACGUUGGCAUUUUUCUUCAGUUUUUAGUGCGGCAGGACAUCAUUGGCCGAGACUACUGUUCGACGCGAAGAAGUAUCAGUUUAUUUGUUCAAGGUGCCAUGUGUUUAGCCAAUGUCAACUGUUGCCUAGAUGCCAUUUGCUACUAUUUUGUAGCAAAGGAAUUUCGGGACCAAGGCUCACGCACCAAGAGAUCACUGGCUUCCCUUUUCUCGGUUAAUGAUGUGAGUGUUUAGCCAGAUUCAAGACUUCUCGUAUCAUGAGGUUUGUGCCAUAUUGUGUUCUUACACACUUUGCCCAUGGCAUUUUAUUGGACUACACUCUCCUCAGUUACAUAGUUUAUUCAUCCUACACCCCAAGCUAUCCUGCACUUUCUCUAAGGGAAGAAUGGACAUUUACGUAGCAUUUGUCACAAUCUUAGGGAGUCCCAAAGUGCUUUACAGCUAAUUAUGUCUUGAAAUGAAUUCAAGCGCUGUGAAAGCAGACAACCUGUUUGAGUGAUGGUGACUGAGGGAUAGUGUUGCCCAGGAGUCCGUUCCCUGAGAGAACUCCUCCUUGUAUUUGUGAUGGUGUCAUGGGUUAUUUUCAAUACUGAAAGUGCCGAUGGGACAUCUGUUCUGAAAGAUGAAACUUUCAGAAGUGAGCUCCAUUAGUACCAUGCAGGAGUGUCAGUCUGAAUUUAACGUUCCAGUCUCCAGACUGUUAUUUUCUUUUCGAUCUUUAGUGGGACAAGGCCACCAUUUAUUUCUGAUCACUUAUUGCCCUUGAGAGCAGUAAUUAUUCCCAACGGGCAAUCAUACUGUUGUGUGUCACAAUGUAGGCCAGUAGGUUUCCUCUCUGAAGGGAAUUAGUGAACAAAUUUGGGUAUUUAUUGAUUAAUUGAAUUUUAAUUCCACUCUCUGUCAUGGAGGGAUUGGGUACCCAUCUGAUCGGACCAUUGGUUUGGGCUUCUGGACAAACAAAUUCAGUGAAAUUCUCACUAUGCCACCAAUCUCAGAAUGUUCAAACACAGAAACAAGAGUACUACCUCUUAACCUCAGAAUGGCACUCCAAGCCCACAACCCCAGCUUGCAACCAUCUCGGUGGCUAACCCUCACAUCCUUAAUUGUUCCUUUGAGUGUUCAGCCUUUGUUCUGCUCAGUUCUUAGUUGCAGAUAAAGUGGGCAGUGAGGAGGCGGAGUAUGAAUUUUGUGAAAUGGUCAGUCUUCUAUGUGAUGAUAUCUCCCCUUGCCUUUAAUGCUGUGAAUGUCUGUUUGCAACAGA